GUGACGAAGAAUCAGCAAAGCGGUAUCAACACAAGCUCGACGAGAUGGCCGCAGCCAAGAAGGUUGAGCCCCCCUUGCAGCAGAAGGUCAACCAGGCGUACCACAGCAUGCGGAGCUUGGAGGCCCGACUGUCCAAAGCGGUGGAGUCCUUCGAGCGCAUCUCCAACGAGCUGGUCCAGGCCCGCGCCAAUGUGGAGUCAAUUACUUCGCAGUUGGAGGCCUCGGAGAAGCUACACAAGGAGCUGGUGGAGCAGUUGCACCAGUCGGUGGAUGAUCGGCCUCGGAACCCCGAGGGCUCUGUCAAGCAGGAGGUCAAGAUCUCCAUCUCUGACCUGCUUGGUGGACAACCGCUACCCAUUGACAUGUCCAGCCUUUUGGAGUGGGAAGCAGACUACGACCUCAACGAGGAGGACAGAAACGAGGCUGCGGCUCGGCUCAAGACACUCAACGACGAGAUACAGAAGCAGGCGAAGAAACUCUUUGGUGCCGCGCAGGCUCAUGCUGAACGCGUUCGUAAAGAGAUGGAGGAGCAGAAGUCACGCUUGGCUGGCAAGAAGCGGAAGGUUCUUGUACCAGGUGCCGCUGCAGGAGCUGAAGAUGAUGGUCCGCAUGUGGGUCAUUCAGCCACUGCGCAGGCUCCUGGUGGUGAAGCUCCGGAGGCUGGUCAAGAGUCGACUUCCCCCACGGCGGCUCCAUCAAGCGGUACGGGCGCGCCAUCGGCGAGUUCUGAUGCCAAGGCGCGUGCAGCCAAGAUUUUACAAUCAGACCCCCCCAAAGGUGACAGCGCCUGAGGGGGGGAGCCAGCGAGAUCAGAAUUUUUUGACUUCUUCCAACGGAGGGGGUACCUCCCCCACAGCAGCCUGUGUGUUGGCCAGCCCUGAGUGGAUCUCCCAGGGCACCUCU